UUUUGACUGUCUUCUCCUCUCGGGUUAACCCACCGGCUUGUCAGUGGAAACUGCCGAAAUGAUGAAUCUGGGAAGCGGAGGAGGGAAAUGCGCCAAACCAUCGUUUGUGUCUUAUGUCACUGCAGAGGAAAUCAAUUUGGAGAAGGACACCCCAACCCCAAGAAAGGAAAAGCACCUUGAUCUGCUGCCAGGCGAAGUGGUUUUCUGCAGUGCUGACAAAGUGCUGAAGCACACUGAGGAUGACCUGUCUCAGCGUGGAAUCUUGGGCACACUCCUCUGCACCAACUUUCGUGUGUCCUUUGCCAAUGAUAAGGCGUCAUUGGAAGAGACGGUGCAGCUUUUCAGAAAUAAGCUAUACGGGGAAAAUGACAUUCCUCUGUCAUGUGUAGACAAUAUCUAUGGAGUGUAUGAAGACAAGAAGAAGUUGAUCACAGGAAGUCUUGUGAAGAACCGGUAUCCAUCAAAAAUCAUCAUACACAGCAAAGACCUGCGAGUGUUUCAGUUCGUUCUGACCUUCUGCAAAGAAGAGGACGCAAAAAGGAUUUUUCAAGGAAUUGUCCAUCACUGUUUGGAGCCCAAAUCUCUAAAGAAUAUUUUUGCCUUCUCCUACUGUGGAAAGACACAUCUUUCAGGAAAACAGGGCCAACUGAGGACCAUGAUGUUUGAUUCAGCGGAUGACUGGGCUGAGGAUAUGAAGAGAACCAAAGGCAGUUGCCAAGUUGUCACUGCAAAUGCCAAUUUUGAUCUCUCCUCUUGCUUGCCCCAGUUUUUCAUUGUUCCAGCAAAUGUUUCUGAAGUGGACAUGAGUCAUUUCCAAGGACGGGGAUUGCCAAUCUGGUGUUGGUCCCACCACAGUGGAUGUGCACUCUUCAAGACAGCAUCUCUGCCAUUGCUGCAAGAGGAUCACGAACAACAUUCUUACAUGGACAAAAUGCUCACAGCCGUGGCGCAUAACUACCUUUUCUCAGUGAAGACAGAGGACCUGUCGGACACUCUGCCCACUGUCCAGGACAUACAGCUGUCUUACAAUAAGUUCAAACAGUUCUUCCUCAUUGACAAUACAACAGACUUUUGGGUAUCGGAUAUGAAAUGGUUUUCUUUGUUGGAAAACUGUGGAUGGUUGGACAUCAUCAGGCACUGUCUUCAAAAAGCAAUGGAGGUAGUGGAGUGCCUUGAAAAGGAAAACACCAAUGUCCUAAUAUUAGAGGAGGGUGGCUCAGACCUUUGCUGCAUUAUCUCCAGUCUGGCCCAGCUGAUGCUGGAUCCUUUUUACCGGACUCUGACAGGCUUUCAAAGCCUUAUCCAGAAGGAAUGGGUGGCCGGUGGCCAUCGCUUCUUGGACCGUUGCAAUCAGUUACAUCUGAAGGACAAAGAAAAUGUUUCCCCAGUGUUCCUGCUCUUCUUGGAGUGUGUGUGGCAGCUCUUCCAGCAGUAUGGACCUGCAUUCCAGUUCUCAGAGACAUACCUUACUGUCCUGUCCGACAGUAUCCAUGUCCCAGUCUUCUACACCUUUCUUUUCAACUCUGACUACCACAGGGCCAGUAUUUUCAGGGUUGAUUCACCACUCUCACAAAGGCAUCCCCUGAACUCCUUAACCGUGUGGGACUGGUCUGUGCAGUUUAACUGCAAGUCCCAGGAUCUGUUUAUUAACCCUCUGUAUGCUGAGAAGCCCAAGCAAGACAAGUCAGUGAGGAAGUCACACCGGUCCAAGCACCAGAGGCAGCUGUCCUUGCCAAAUUCAGCCUUCAAAACUCCCCUAAAGAAAGGCUUCUUUAAGGAUGAGACGGAUAGCCUGAAAAAGAUGCUCAGAGUAAAACGCAUCAGCCGCUGGAUGCUGUCUCCAGACUCGCCACAGCCAUCCUCCAUGUCUCGAGAGUUCUACGACGCCUGGCAGCGGAAACCACUGGACUACCAUGGCCUUCUCCUGCCUUGCCUGGAUGGCCCCUCAGUUUGUGUCUGGAUACAGAGGUACCUCCGCUGGAUCCAUGAGGUGCAAAUCUUCGGGGGCGGUUCAGUCACUAUCCUCAGCAAAGUGUCUGACUUGCUAGACGAAGUGCAAGAGCUGCAGCGGAAACUUGACCGCCAUGGCUGCAGCUUGGUCACAAACCACCAAGGAACCAGGUCAAAAACCUUCAAAGCUCAGAGUGAUGCAAGAUCUUCUGUACACCUCUCGUCGUCAUUUCCUUUCACCACACUGAAAAAUAACUGGCCCUAUAAACCAGCCAUUCCCACUAGCCUUCAUCGCCUAAUGGCUUCAGGAAACUUGGAAAACCAAGAGAAUGAUGACCAAGAUUCUAUUGUCUGAUACUGGGACACACUGUAAGUGGAAUAUAGCACUGGGUGGUUUGAAGGGUCAUGGUAGGAACCCCCCACCCCCACCCCCCCCACCCCCACCCCCGCCAAACACACAUUAACAUUCUGAUUGUUCCCUUUACCCAUUGAUGUGGUCAGAAGUGAAGAUGAAUCCACACAGGUCAUACUUUAGACAUCAAUAGAAAAAGUGAUAUGAGGAGCACCCUGUUGACAUGCAAGCUGUGGAGUCCUGCAAAUGACAUAGUCACUCUGCAUCGUCAUCUAAAGCAGAAGGUAUGUGGUAAUCCUGAACAGACAACCGAGGAUGUAUUGAACACAGACAUCUUAGAAAUGUGUAAUUUUUCAUCUAGAAAUUGAUAGUUUAACAUGUACAAGAGGUCGCUUUUUUGGAAAGAAGCCAUUUGCUUACAAAGCUGCAUUGGGUAAUAUAGUGGUCAAGAGUUAAACAUGAAACAAAGGGGAAUUAUAUGCCCGUAAAAGUAAUUAGUGCAAUGUGUCAGCUAUAUACGUAUGUGAUAUACUCUACAUGUGUAUGUACUAUAUAUGUGUGGACGAGAAAGAAAGGGGCAGAAGAUAAGCUAGCAAAAAGCAUGUCCUAGACUGAUGAAAUAAUGGACAGCAGCUCGCUGACGUCAGAGAUGAGAAAAAUGGUGUUUUAUAUGAGCCGGAUGUAACUUGAACAAGGGUCCAGGUGUGUGGAAGCACAUCAGCAUGAUCACAACACUCAGCAGCUAGGCGGUGCCUUACAUUAUCAGUGCUUUUGCAUCAAGGAUUUGCUGUUUAUUUGUUUUGUUAUCUCCCUGUUUUUUUCUUUUUUCUUUUUUGGGAGGCAGGUUUGUAAAAAAAAAAAAAAGAACAUUGAUGGGAUUAAUUUUUUUCUCCAAUCCGCAGUGUAAAACCAUUUAUGUCCAUAAACCAUGGUAAUUUAAAGUAUAACUAAUAUCUGUUCAAAAAAAAGAAUAUUCCGUUAAAUGAACAGACUUGUUUUACAUCUGUUAACGCAGCGCUGAUCUGCAGAGAUCCUCCACGUUUUCUCACUACCGGAUGGUGUCCAGGUGGAGCGUAGGACUGUGAAAUACUCGGUCGGAUGAGUUCAUUAGUCCUGCUCCUAGCCAGGUUGUUGUUGUUGUUUUAAUGUUGGCUAUCAUAAUGUGUCUCUGUGCAACACUACAAAUACAAUGAGAUAAUCACUGGAAGAAGACGGGGCUCACGUUGGCAGUGAUGAAUAACCACAACUGGCCCGUGGUAAAGUCUCAAUAAAUCACAUUUAAAAUGACAGCCAUGAUGAAAAGAAAAUCACGUUUGGUGAUGAGGCAGCAUUUUAAAUGGUUUGAGGUGAAGACCAUGCAAACAGGCUGUUGAAUUUUCAGAACACAUACUAAUAACAAUAAUGGCCAUCGGAGGGGUAUGAAUUGAUUUCGUGUUUGGAAAUGUUUUACCUUGAUGAGUGAAACCAAUAUCCUGUUUUACGCUCACAGAUACAGUUACUGUAAACUAGUUGUAAGGGUUUUUUUCUCCUUGUGGACCAGCUGCACUCUGCAAAACUAAAGCUAUGCAUAAUAUGACAGUAUGCAUAAUAUGACAGUAUGCCUUAAGCUAAUUGGGGGUAGAGGGUGAGCUGUGACACUGAAAGCACUGCAAAAAAAUGCAUUACCAUUUUAGAAACAAAAUCUGUAUUUAUUUUUUUAUACUGCUUUGCACUAUUGAUGGGCUACUAGAAGAAUUGUAAUACGUUUCAGUUGCAUGUUACAUCUCAACCCCACUGGUACAUCUCAACAGUCAGAGGGUGUGCAAUGUUGAAUCUUACUGUAGUUUUGUUCAUUUUUGAUCAUUCGUAUUAAAAGACUGCUCUAAAUACUCGUGUCUGUGUAAAUACAUGUCUGCAUCUGCCAAACUGCCAUUUUAAAAGUUUGAAAUGCUACUUCAUGAUGUAAAACGUUUUUUUC